AUGGAAACUAUAGGACUAUCUUUCUCCAGAUACUUUGUUGUCAUGUACCUCUUCCAGAUGAUAACACUAAGUUCAGAACAAUUCACAGUGAAUGACUUAGAGGGACCAGUCUUGGCUCCACUGUGUGGGGAAGUUGAGCUGAAUUGCCAGCUAUCUCCGCCACAGAGCACACAACACAUGGAGAUACGCUGGUUCAGGGACCGCUACACACAACCUGUUCAUCUGUACAAGAGUGGUAAAGACCUAUAUGGAGAAACUAUCUCCAAGUAUGUGGAGCAGACAAAGCUCCUGAAAGAAGCCAUUGGGGAAGGUAAAGUGAUUCUCAGGAUCCUUAUUGUUGGAGUUGAUGAUGAUGGGCAGUACCACUGCCUCUUCAAAGAUGGUGAUUUCUAUGAAUAAGCCAUCACAGAAAUGAAGGUCACAGCUACAAGCUUAGAAAUACAGAUUCUUAUGCAUCUUCCUAAUACCAAAGGUCUUAUAGUGGAAAUUAAUUCAGAAGGUUGGUUCCCAGAGUCUCAAAUAGAAUGGAGAGACAGCAGAGGACAGAUCAUUCCACCUGCAUCAAAAUCCCAUUCACAGGAUAGGACCAAAUUGUUCAACAUGAAGAUGAGCCUUCUCCUUAGAGCUAGCUCCCAUGGGAAUGUCUCUUGCUAUCUUCGAAAUCUUUUAACUGGUGAGGAAGAAAGGACAAGCAUUUUUCUAUCAGAUGAGAUCUAUAAACUAUUUCCCUGGAAUACUGUCUGGAUACUGACUCUGAGUGUAAUGCUGGCUGCGCUGCUAUUGUUUAUCAUGGUGCCUAGUAUUGAACUAUAUCUCAGACAGC